CAUCAUAAACAUUUCCAUUAUCAGUCAGAAAAUGUGAUAGUGAAAAUGUGUUUCUAAGUUGAAAUGCUAUUUCUAAUAUAUUGAGAUAACUUUUCUGCUGUUCAUUACCUUGUGGUGGGUGGGUAGUAAAGAGGGGUUGUAUCUCAGUGUGUUUUACAAUGUAAAUACAAUAAUGUAAUUGUGCUCUGGUUUGCUGAAAAAAAUGUGCUUUUAACCUAAUUUAUAUGCUAAUGUCUUUCAACCUUUUAUUAAAAUUUAAUUACUGCUCUAAGUGUGAUUUUUUGGUAUUGAGAAUGUGUACAGAGUAGUGACUUGACAAGUGGUUUAUGUUGUAUCCUGGGUGUGUUUUAUGUGCAUUUUUGCUGCAUUUCGUAGGCAGUGUGGAAAACUGGGCAAUUGAAAUAUAAUUCUAUAAAGCAGCUAGUUAAUACCUUGGGAAUGUGUUGAAAAAGCUAAUAUUUAUGAGAAUGAAAUCUGGUUUUUUGGAUGAUAAUGGGAUGAAUUACAAUUAUAAUAUCUUAAAUUAAAGAAUGGUGGCUUUACAAUAUGUGCACAUUUCUGCCAGUUAAGAGAAUGUUUCUUUAAACUUCUCUUGGACAAUUCAGGUGAUGCUAAAUCACCUGGUGUUCUAAUUGAACAUAUUUAGCAUUACAAAAUCCUUGAGAGUGCUAAAGUAAAUAUAUGUCCUAAAGAGUACUGCUACAAAAAAAGUCUGGUUUAUAUUUUAUCAAUUUAUCUUUAUAAAAAUCAAAGUUGCACAUGAAUGGUUUUGUACUACUUUACAGGAAUAUAUUUCUAAGAACAAAAUUCUUAUUUUUCUCUUGUUCUGUACGCAUAUUUUUAAAUGAAUCAUAAAUCUUAUUUCUUACCUCUGCUGUUUUGUUUACUUUGCUUUUUGUCUCUUAAUGUGGUAAGUAGUACUGUUUUAAAAAUCAAUUUAAAAAGAAUAAUUCAGGUUUCUGUUUCUCAAUCUAUAUUUAUACCUGAGACCUGCAGUUUUUCUAAAGUCCAAGUCACAAUUAAAAGUAAUAGCAUUCUGGUUAUUUUGCAGAAUUGCUCAUAAGAAUGGACAGGAUCUUGAAGGCUAACUGCAAGGAACUGUGCACACUGGAACUCAGUUGUAGAUUUUUUCUCAUUUCUAUUUAUUCUUAUUAUACAUUAUUUAUAUAUACAUAUUUUAGUAUUUACAUUUUAACAUUCUAUAUUCAGUGCAGUUCUAUAUUUCCAAUCAUUUUAACUUACUCACUAAAAUUUCUGUGUAAAUUUGUUGUUUUCGUACUGGUGUGCUUAGCAUUGUUGUUAGUUUUAUUCUCCUUUCUUAAAUUUCUGAAAAUGUCAAUUUUUCAAAAUUUACAGCUACCCAAACUCCAAAAUGAUGGUAGAGAAUUGACCAAGAAAAAUAAAGAAAUCUGUUAACAGGCCAUGGAUGCACGGGUAGUUAAAGAUAUGGCAACUGGAAAGUCAAAAGGCUAUGGUUUUGUAUCUUUUUAUAACAAACUGGAUGCAGAAAAUGCUAUUGUACACAUGGGAGGCCAGUGGUUGGGAGGCCGCCAGAUCAGAACUAACUGGGCAACAAGGAAACCACCAGCCCCUAAAAGUACACAAGAAAAUAAUACAAAACAGUUGAGAUUUGAAGAUGUAGUAAAUCAGUCAAGUCCUAAAAAUUGUACUGUGUACUGUGGAGGAAUUGCCUCAGGGCUAACAGAUCAGCUUAUGAGACAGACUUUUUCACCGUUCGGACAGAUUAUGGAAAUAAGGGUGUUUCCAGAAAAAGGUUACUCAUUUGUCAGGUUUUCAACCCAUGAAAGUGCAGCACAUGCUAUUGUUUCAGUUAAUGGAACCACAAUUGAAGGACAUGUUGUUAAAUGUUAUUGGGGUAAAGAAUCCCCUGAUAUGACUAAGAACUUCCAACAGGUGGAUUACAGUCAAUGGGGGCAAUGGAGCCAAGUAUAUGGAAACCCACAACAGUAUGGGCAAUAUAUGGCUAAUGGGUGGCAGGUACCAUCGUAUGGAAUGUAUGGCCAAGCAUGGAAUCAACAGGGUUUUGGAGUAGACCAAUCUCCAUCUGCUGCCUGGAUGGGUGGAUUUGGUGCUCAGCCUGCCCAGGGACAAGGUGCUCCUGUAAUACCUAACCAAGCUGGAUAUGGUAUGGCAAGCUACCAAACGCAGUGAGCUGGGACUCUGUUCAAAAGUGUGUAUUUCAUGAUAGGCUGCAGUUUCCAGUGACAUUCUGAAGACUGGAAUGUAGACAAUGAAAAAAAAAGAAAAUAUUUAUUUUAAAAAUGGAAAUGUUUGGAACCUUUAGCACAGCUUUGCUUUGGUGAAGGACACAAAUGUCUUCUAGUUCUGCCUUUUUAAGUUUUUGUUCAUGAUGGAUAUGAACAUGUUUUUCUUUGUGUACAAAAAUGAAAAAUAAAGUCAAUAAAGACAAUUCUGACUACAAAUUUUGAUAUAGUAGGAGAAAUGGCUAAUGAAUUUGAUCUUGAAGUUACCAUUCCUUUUUUUUUUGUUUUGUCUUCAGUGUUUUAUAUCGUUGUGCUUUCAAAAGAAAUGACGUUGAAAAACAGGGAGUUGCUUUUAGUUGAACACACAUCCUGAAACAAACUGUGGACCAAUCACUACAACCUGCGAGACAGUAUUGAGUUUUCAAGAAACCUAUGGACAUAGCUCAAAGUAUAUGUAGGUCUUGGAAUAAUUUUUUUAAAAAAAUAUUUAAUUUUUCUACAUGCUUACAGAAAACAGUUGAUACAAUGAAUAGUUCAGUCUGAAAUGAAAAACAGUACUGUCUGAGAAAUUUCACAUAACUUUUACUGUCCACAUUCAGGCACACGUUGGAACUUUUCAGACCUGGUUUGCUUGUUAAAACUCUUGUAGUUUACAUUUAAUUUUGAGAAGUAAAAGUGUUUUUACAAGUAUGUUGUUUGUAUUCAAAUCAGACAGUCAUACUUGAGCUUUUACAUAAAGUUUGAAGGCUACACAUUGUAAAUAUUUCAUAAUUACAGUGUUUCAAAAGCAUGCUCAAACAUAGAAGUAGCAAUGUAAUUAUUCAAAGUAAUACUUAAUAUACCCUACUGCUUUAAAUGCAGUAGAUUGACAAGAAUGUGCAAGACUGACAUUUCCAAAGUUGGCUAUUAUGUAAAGUUACAUAAAGAACUAUAACAAAGAGCCUUAAUUUUAAUUUCAUAAAUCUUUAAUGCAUCACCUUUUUGUCAUUAGAAAUACAAAUUUUUUGCUUUACAUUAUUUGGUAUGUAAAUACCUUGGUUAACAACCUUGUAAACCUAUUUCAAGGUUAUUAUAAGUUGUAUAGUAUCUUGAGUGUUUUGAAAAAUCUUGAUGUUUUUUAAGUCUAGAAAUAUUUUGCCCAAGAAUUUUUUAACAAGAUUGUUAAAAACAUCUUAUUUUAGAGAAUAUUCAAUGUGCCAUUUGGUAAAUGGAGAUGCAGUUGAAACAGUACACUGAGUUGUGACUUAUUUUUAAUUAAAGUUUUUGUCUUUAUGGGUGGUUUGCAUGUGAUGAACUUGUACAGAGGCUGGGUUGUUUGUGUACUGAGUGUGUAAAUGGAUAAACCAUGAAGAUGUUUAAAUGGUAUACUUGGGUUAUUUCUGAAUUAUUUUAUGGAUACAUUGAUAUAAACUGCCUCAAUAAAUCUGAAGUUGAAAAUGAAUGUAAGUUAGAUAUAAGUAAUGUGUCCUCCCUGUGACAGCUAGAGGGUGCAAAUGCCUCAGCUGUCAUCUGGAAUGCUGAGGCAGGCAGGGUUGGAAGGGAAAGAGUAGGAUUUGCAGUGGUAGCUCAGUGAAGCAAACUUGUAUUUUAAAAGAAACAGAGAAUUUGGUUUUUAGAGAUGGUAGUUCUAAGUGAGUGUCUGAGAAGCUGUGUAUUUUCUCUUUUCUGUUUCUGACCAUGCAGGUGUUGCGAGGUGGAGUAGUCUGUUUUGAAAUGGCGAUUUGCAGUUGUGUUAAACCCAGCCAGGUUGUGCAAAUAACUACACUUAUUGCUGUAGCAAAAUCACAUGAGGGUUUUCUUUCCCCCUCUUUUUAUUGAUGUGUGAAGUAGUACCUUGACUUUUAGAUCAGGUUGAGAGUGAGAUGUACUGGAAGAGCAGUUUAGUCAGUUGGCUCAUCUGCACCAGAGGUACUUGUGACUCUGGGCAUCUAAUGCAUGCAAUAAUGGCUGAAGUUAGUGUGGAACCACGAGUGCUCGUGCUGGCAGAAUUGGCCCUUUAUCUCCUUUUCUCCUUUAUGGUAUAUGUUGUGUCUUUCCACUCAAGAUAGGAAUCUUGCCUACAGGACUCUUGUUUUUCUAUACAUUUUGUACAUAUGUGUAUAUCUACGCGAGGAUCGGCCUAUACAUUGUAGUUUGGAAAAAACCUCACGAGUAAGUCUAUGUUUUUCUUACACUCAGCUGGUUUUAAUAAGUCACGAGUCAGUAGAGAUACGAAAUGUGAGUUCCUUUAGGAUUUCUUAGGCUUCACUUGAAAUCUGGGUUUUCUACAUCCUUCUAGGUGUUUGCCAUAUGGCUGUUCUGGGUGCAUGCUGGAGUGGAGGCAGUUUGUUCUUUAGGCGCUACUGAAGAUUUAGAUGAUGCAAGUACAUUGCCAGAUAAAUGCCCAUAUAAAUGGGUGUGAGAUUAAGGCAGUGAUCUUUCAGGUCUCAAUGUGUAGAUCACUUUAAAUCUGAUUAUUUAAUAUGCCUGCUGUAGAGCUGGGCCAUACCUGACCUGUAUUUCAGGGUGAAAGAUAGGAUAUACCUUCUGAUUUAAGUCUUUUGUCAUUGAUUUUUAUACAGCUUUUCUGUAAUGGUGAUAAUUUCUUCGCAGACUGCUCAAGGUGUGGGGGUCUCCAGUGUCCUUUAAUGUUUCUCUAGCACUGCGAGGAGGAGUUGUAAAUUAGAUUGCUUUUUACUCAGUAGCAUUCAUAAAUGCAUCACUGACAAUUUUUUGGCACCAAAGAGCCUCUUGCACCAUACUGCUUUUAUGAGUGACACUUACACUGUUGUAAUUUCUCUAACUACAGAAAUCGACCACUACCUAACCCUUACCACCAGGAUUUGGAUUUCAGAAACACUGAUAUAUUAUGGCUUAAGUUGAUGCGUGCAACCUAAACCAAGGUUGUAAUCUGCAUUUGCAGAAAAUGUUCAAUAAAAGUGGAACGUGAUAAAGGGCUUAUCCUGUAUUUGUCAUCUGUCAAAGCAUUGUCCCUCUUUGCUGUAAAACUGACAACAGGCAGACAAGGCUGAACUUGUAAACUAUGCACUUGCAAUCAUGUAAAAGAUGUUUUAUUUAAAAAAUUUUCCUACAAAACCAUUUUGUAUUUUGCAGAGUUGCAGUAGUAAGGCUGUAAAUCUAAGGUCACGUGUAGCUUCUCAUCAAUCCUGCCUCCUUGUGUAUAUUUGCUAACACUUUUUAGACAUACCUGCAGAACCUUCUUCUUACUGAGAUAAUUUCGUGAGAAGCAAUUCACUGUACCAGAACCAUUGCCUUCAUUUCACUCAAAAAAGUCUCACAGUGAAUAAGGCUUAGUUUUGCAGAAAAAAUAGUGAUUUGUUUUUCUUGUGUUUGUACACAAGGAAGCAGACUUAAACUGUAUGGACAUGAUUAGUGUCUGAUACUUCUUAAUUAUCUGACUGUUUUUGAACAAGGGCACAAGUGUUUGUUUUAAUCACGUGAAACUGUUUCCUGGUCAGCAAUAAAAGAUUUUGUUGCACUGU